GUCUGGAGUCUCAUGAUGAACAUCGUGAUCAAAACAAUCAAUAACUCGUCUAGCUUAUUGAUCCCUGGUGGUUCCUAAACAACUACUUUCAAGAUAAAGAGGACCCGACAAACAAAAGACCAGCUGGACUUUGCUCGUCCCCCUCUUCACUUUACAGGAUCUCAGCCUUCUUCCAUCCAUUUCAUCUUUUUACCUCAGCUGGACCACGACCUCCUGCUGGAGUUUGCUUACUCAGAGAUAAGAUUGGAGUGUGUCUCAGAGACAGACUAUCGGCCCACACUUUCUUCAGACUGAUACUUGAGACACAGUGAUGACGACGGUUAGAGGUCAGAGGGGUUUAACAUGUCAUCGAGCCCGACACGCCCACAGGGUUUGGAUCUAUAAAGUGAUGUGGCAUUCUCUUUAGUUUUCACUUCAUGGAGGAGAGACACCGCAAACAGCAUGUCCUCUAUAAGCAAGCAACUGUCUUCCAUCAGCUGUGCAGGCAGGAAGCCUCCUUCCUCCUCCACUGAGAUCAGACUGGUUUUGCUGGGGAAGACUGGCAGCGGGAAAAGCUCCACCGCCAACACCAUCCUGGGCCGUAAGGUCUUUGACUCAAAGGUCGGCAGCUCCUCCGCCACACAGCGUUGCCACAGGGCAUAUGGAGAGUUUCGCGGGCGACACUUGGUGCUCCUGGACACUCCGGGGCUGCUGGACACUCAUCAGUCUCCACAGGAGGUGCAGAGGGAGUUGAGGAGGAGCGUUAGCCUCCUGUAUCCCGGACCUCAUGUGUUCCUUCUUGUUAUUCAGAUUGGGAGGUUCACUCAGGAGGAUAAGGAGGCUUUGCGGCAGAUCAAACAGGCAAUGGGUUCCCACUCUUUGAGCUUCUCUUUGGUGGUUUUCACCCAUGGAGAUCGUCUGGGAGAAGAGAAAUCCGUGAAGCAUUGUCUGAUAGACGAGUGCACGGAUCUGGCCCAGCUGGUGGCCGGAUGUGGUGGCAGGUACUGCGUCUUCAACAACCAGAGCUCCAAGAACAAGGAGCAGGUGUCCGAGCUCCUCACCUUAGUGGACAGCGUGAUGCAAGCAAACAAAGGAUGCUGUUACGGCAGCAAGAUGCUCCAGAAAGCAGAGGAGGAUCUGGCUCAGGAGCUGCAGGAGGAGAGGAGGCUCAUGGAGGAGAAGGAGGAGCUGUUGAAGAAGAAGCACGAGGCAGCAGUAAGAGAGUCACAUGAGAAAGAGUUGGAGAUGGUGCAGCAAAAAAGCAACCGGGAGAUGGAGGAGCUGAAGAAAAAGCUGGAGCUGGAGAAGGAGAAGGAGGAGAAACUGGCAAGAGAUUUGGAGGUGGCCUUCAGACGUGGGAUAGAGGAGAAGGAGAAGAAGGAGAAGGAGAGGAAGAUACAAGAGAUGGUGAGAGUGAUGGAGAUCCGUAGAGAGGAGGAGCAAAGGAGGGAAGCUCUUCAAGAAGAGCUUGACAAAGCUACUAAAAUGCUGGAGGAGCAGGCUGAGCGGGAGGAGAAAAUGAGGAGAACAAUAGAGGAGAAACUCCAAAGGGACAGAGCGGAAAAUGAAAAGAAAGAACGCGAGAGGGAAGUCCAGCAAAUACAGAAAGAGCAGGCCAUCAGGCAGAGGGAGGAGAUGAAGAGAGACGCUCUACAGAGAGAGCUGGAGAAACUCACCGAGAGCUUGGAGGAGCAGAGCAGGAUGGAGGAGGAGAGGAAGAAACAAAUGGAGGACGUGCUGAGGCGUGAGAGGGACGAGAACCAGAGAGAGAGGGACAUACAGAUGGAGAAUCAGAGAGCGGAGAAAAGGAGAACGGCGGCCCUCAAGCAGGAGUUGAAGCUCAUCCAAAUGAAAAUCGAGGAGCAUAAAACGAGCGAGGAAAACCUCAAGAGACAGCUGGAGGAGAACCUGAGGAGGGAGAGGGAAAGGUGUGGCAAAGAGAUGUUUACGCUGAAGAAGCAGUGUGACGAGGAGAGAUCAGAGCUACCUGAGACGUCGAGGAAGGAGAGGUCUGCAGAGAGCACGCUGACAACUGUGACCGGAUACGUCCAGGAAAUGAGUCUGCUGGGGCUGAACACAGCUUUAGAGACUGUUGGAACGCCCUGCAGCAUUCAAUAGAAGAGUUAUACGUUUAUUAUGUAUCUUUUUUUUUUGUGACAAACUUUUUAUUGAACAAUUUAAACACUAUAUUACAAACAAAAGUGCCAUUGCCUUGCCAAUAAGGACUUUUUAAGGAGCAAGCAGUUAUGUCAGAGCGUCCCAGGCCUGCACAGUAGAUGCUCGUGCUUUAUUUAUGACAGCCAAUGACCUUUCUAAAAUAGCAAUUCUUAGCCAUUCUUUAACCAUGAAUGUAUUAUAGCCUUCUUAGCUGCAGUCAAUCCUGCAAAUAUAACUUUCCUCUGUGCCAGUCUGGUGUUGCCGCUAAGAACAGAGUCAUCAUUGAACAGAAGUAGGGGGGGAUGCAUAUUUUCAAGGCAACUAUUCACCUUGGACCAAAGGCCAGACACAGAGGGACACUCCCAAAAAAUAUGAAGGUAUGUGCCAACAAUGUUCUGAUCACAUUUUGUACGGUUCGGAUCAUCUGUCAGUUUCACUGUGAAGCGUCUGCGUCUGUAAACCUGUAAUGAAUAAGUUGAUGUGCUGGAUUCUUUGAUGAGAUGGGAAGAUAUGUUGGUCCAAAUAUUGUCCCAGUCCAGAUGAUAACCCUGACCCUCAAGUUCACGGUUCCAAGAACUGAUCACUCCCAAAGGUUUGACACCUUUAGAGAGCAGUUCAUUGUAGAUAACGGACAGUAAUCCAACGGAUGAGAGGGCAAAGGUGAAUCCCCUGGAACGCCAUGAGCACGGAUUGCAGAUCUCAACUGGAAAUACAAGAACCAAAGAAAACCCAGGGAGAGAACAACGUUCUUUAAGCUCUUGGAGUGAAAUCAAACCGUUUCUGUCAAAGAGAUCUUGGAGAAUGUGAAUUAUUUUUCAUGCAUAUGUGACCUGAACUACUUGAUGACUUUUAGAUUCAACCGCUAACUCGCGGUUAGAAAAAGAAAAAGGACAUUCAUGCCCACGUGAAAGCGGUUUCAUUUCAACAAAUGGAUGUAAUUCUAAUGUGUCCUAAAUCAGCAAAUGCAUAAAAAUAGUACAAACUCUAAAAAAAACUGACGGCAGAUAAUCUGAUUAUCUGCCUCUGUCUGCAUCAUCUAAAUCUGUAUUCAAAACAAACACCCUGUUGACAUUAAUAAAGAUCAAAUAUUGCUUGAGUGCUAUUUCAGUGUUCCUCACCGACGCUCAGCCGACUUCAGCUGGUGCCAUCUGGUUCUGUACCCGGCCAGAGAGUCUGCUUUUAUCCACAGCAGCACAUCCUGUGUGUUUAUAUGUGCGUGGGGUAUUAAACUCAGAGUGCACGUGGCGGUAUGUUGUCUGAGCGAUGCUGCAAUGAUGUAAUACUGUUACAACAUACUGCCUGUGAGAGUGAGAUGAAUUAGAGACACUGUG